AUGAUGGCCCGGGCAUCCCCUGUCCAAACUGCUGCCCCCCAGCCGGAGGUGUUUCCGCGGGAUGCCACCCCCACUACGGCGACAAACCCGGAGACCACCACAGCGACCACCACGAAAGAUGACUUUAGAUUUGGCUUCACUUUGGAGACUUUGAACUUGCAUUUGCCCACCAGCACGUGUACGCCCACCAUAGCACCCGACAAGUAUGGUUGGGUACCACCCUCGGAAUGUGACGCCUUAUACCUAUAUUACCCAUCUUUUGGGGCCGCGAUAGCUGCCUCUGUAAUUUUCGGGAUCCUCACGAUUGCACACCUCGUUCAGGCGAUUAUGUACAAGGCGGGCUUUGUCUGGGUCGUCCUCAUGGGAGUCGUGUGGGAGCUCGUAGCCUACACAACCCGCGCCUUCAGCACUCGCAAUCAGCAGAAUGAGCCCGUUACGACAAGUUCCCUGAUGUUUAUUCUUCUGGCACCGUUAUGGGUUAAUGCAUUUGAUUACAUGGUUCUGGCUCGUAUGAUUCAUUUCUUCGUUCCUGAUCGUCGCAUCAGCAUGUUUAAGCCCUCCUUGCUAGCCAAGAUAUUUGUCGUGCUCGACAUCUUCUCUUUCAUUGUCCAAAUGAUCGGUGGCUUCAUGGCCAAUAAUAAAGGCAAACAGCAAAUGGACGGUAUCCAUAUCUACAUGGGCGGCAUCGGAAUCCAGGAGCUCUUCAUCUUGGGCUUUUUGGUGCUAGCCGUGCAGUUCCACCGAUUGAUGCUGCAGCUUGAGCGAUCUGGCCGACUUCCUAGCGAGAAGCAAAACUGGCGUGGACUGCUCUAUGCCCUAUAUGGCAGUCUAGUCGCCAUCACCGUGCGCAUCAUCUACCGCCUGGUUGAAUUUUCCGCCGGCACCGAGGAGUCAAAUCCCAUCCCAUACCAUGAAUGGUAUAUGUAUGUGUUUGAUGCUAUUCCCAUGGUGUUGGCUAUUGGCGUCUGGAACUUUGCGCCGCCAGGUGCCGUGUUACAGGGUCCGGAUGCAAAAAUGCCCCCCAGUGGCAUCGGCAAAUGGCUCUGCUGUAACGGCUGCGCCUGUUGCUGCGGAAGCUGCCGCAAGGGCAAUGGCGAGAAGAAUAUGCAGCGACUACCCGAUCAAGACGUCUAUGACGACAAUAUACCACUCCACAGCCGGGAACCAUCCCCCUACCGCGAUACAUACACUACCCAUCGCUGA